UUUCUCUCUCUCUCUCUCUCUCUCCUCUCUUUUCUCCCCCUCUCACUCUCCUCCCUUUGAAGUUCCACCAUGAAAAGUUUGAAGUCGCGCCUGAAGAAGCAAGAAGUCAACCUGACCACCCCGGACUGGAACAAGUACGAUGACCGGCUGAUGAAGGCGGUGGAGAAAGGGGAUGUGGAGAAGGUGUCGGCCGUACUCGCCAAGAGGGGGGUGGUCCCCUCCAAGCUGGACGUGGAGGGCCGGUCAGCCUUCCACGUGGCAGCAGCGAAGGGCAGUGUGGACUGUAUCAACGCUAUGCUGUCUCACGGUGUGGACGUAAAUGUGAUCGACGCUGCCGGCCGCAGUGCGUUACACCUCUCCGCUCGGCACGGGCAGUCACUGUGUUUGCAGAAGUUACUCCAGCAAAAUUGCCCCGUGGAAAACCUGGACCUGUACGGCAGGACCCCACUUCACGACGCAGCGGUGGCGGGCUGCACUUCCAGUGUCAAGCUGCUGUGUGACCACGGAGCUCUGGUCAACGCCAAGGAUGGGGAUGGGAGGACUCCCCUGGUGUUGGCCACACAGAUGUGCCACUCUGCUGUGUGCCGCAUUCUGCUGGAGAGAAAGGCGGACGUCGACUCGAGGGACAAGCAAAACAAGACAUCUCUGAUGUUGGGGUGUGAGAACAGCUGUAAGGGGGCUGUGGAGGUGCUGCUGAUCCACGGGGCGGAUGUGACGUUGACCGAUGAGCUGGGGCACAGCAGCCUGCAGUACGCACAGCAAUCCAAAAACCAGGAGGUGCUCAAUCUGAUCAGGACGGCCACAGAGAAAGCAAUUAAAGAAAGAGAUUCUUCUAAGAAAUUAAAGGCCAUGUCUCAGGUUGCUGAGGUGCAACAGAAAGCGGAUCAAAAGCAGUCAGAGGCAGGUUCAGCACAGAGCCAGAAGGUGCAACAGAGUGUAAAGGAAGUAAGGACUGAGAACGAGGAGCUGAAAGGAAAGCUGCGGAAGCUGCAGCAGGAGCAGAAAGUGUUGGUGGAGAGAGUGACCGGGCUCCAACAACAACUGAGCCAGGAGCGAACGUCAGUGGAAGGUUUGCGGAUGGAGAGAGAACAGAUGAAGGGUCUGGUGGCGACGAAAGAGAGAGAACAGGGCGAGAGCCUGAAGGCAAUUGAGAGUCUGAGAGCCAAGCUCAAACAGUACGAGGCUGGCUCUCCGAAAGUACCCAUCUCGCCGGGACCCCAUGUGGGAAAAGUGGUGGAACCGGCUGCGAACCAAGUCAAUGUCUCUGGCAAGGAAUCGCAGCUCCCCCACAAGCCCAAGCCGGGGCCCUGCUCCCCGCUGCUGGCGGGCGCUGCUGCGGCGCCCGACGAGGCGCUGAAGAAGGACCUGGAGGCCACGAGGGGCAGGUACGAGGCGGCGAGGGAGGAGAUGGGGCGGCUGCAGCGGGAGCUGGGGGUCAAGGCCCGGGGCUGCGAGGCCCUGGCGGCCGAGGCCGAGCGGGUGAAGAGCGAGUCCGAGGAGCAGGUGCGGCAGCUGGAGGAGGCCCUGGGAGAGGUGCAGACGCGGAUGCUGGAGUCCGAGGGGAAGGUCAAGCUGCUGCAGGCCCACGUGGUGGCCCUGAAGGAGCACCUGUCCCGCCAGGGCGGCCCCCGGCAGCUCGAGGAGCUGAGGGGCCAAGUCCGCGAGGCCCGGGCUCGGCACGAAGAGGCCUCGGCCCAGGCCGAGAAGCUGGAGGCUCAGCUCCGACUGGGCUCCGCGGCCGCCCGCCAGGCCGAGGGCGAGGCCGGGAGCCUGCGCCAGGCCCUGGAGGCCUCGGAGUCGCGGAGGCACGCGGCGGAGAGGAAGGCGGCGGAGGCGGAGGACGACCUGAAGGCCGCCCGCAGGAUCAUGUCGCAGUGCGUGCCGGCGGGGGAGCUGGAGAGCGCGCGGAGCAACUACCUGAGCGGCCUGCGGGACAGGGAGAAGCGGUUGGGCGAGGCCCGGGGGGAGUGUGACCGGGCCCAGGCCCAGGCCGCGCGGCUGCAGGAGGAGCUGAAGGAGGCGGAGAGGCAGCGGGAGGCCGGUCAGGCCCGGGCCGAGGAGAGCGAGAGGCUGCGGGCGGCCCUGGAGCAGCAGAGCGCGGCCGCGAGGCAGACGCUGCUGGAGGCGACCCAGAAGCAGGCCCGGCUGCAGCGCGACUGCGGGGAGGCGCAGCAGGAGAGCGGCCGGCUCGGGGCCGAGCUGGAGGAGGCGAGGCGGGCGCUGCGGGCCCACCAGGAGGCCGAGGCUGCGGCCUGCAGAGCGGCCGAGGAGCUGAAGCGACGCCUGGCCCAGGCGGAGGCCGACACCGAGCGGCUGGAGGCCGCCGAGAGGGGCCUGGCCGAGCGCCUGAGCCGCGCCGUCAGCCCCGAGCGGCACCGCGAGGAGUUGGCGGCCUCGGCCUCGCAGGCGGACGGGCUGAAGGCGGAGCUGGAGAGGCUGCGGCGGGAGUUGGGUCGGGCCCGCGAGCGGGCGGACCAGGCGCUGGAGGAGGCCUCGGCCCUGCGGGAGGCGCUGAGGCAGCGGGAAGCCGAGCGGGAAGAGGCCGCCGUGACCCUGGACCAGGCCCGGCUGGAGCUGAUCGCGGCCGCCGCCCGGGGUCGGGAGGCCGAGGAGGCGGCGGCGGGCGCCGGGGAGCGACUGUCGGCCGAGCGGGAGCGGGGGCUCAGGGAGCGGGGCGAGCUGGAGGCGGCGGCCGAGGUGUGGCGCCGCGAGGCCGAGCUGGCCCGGGGGGAGGCCGCGGCGCUGCGGCGGGAAGGCGGGGAGCGGGAGGCCGAGCUGAGCGGCCUGCGGAGCGGCCUGGAGGAGGAGGUGAGGGCGCGGCUGCGGCGGGAGGAGGAGGAGACGCGGCGGGGCCUGGAGCAGAGGCGGCAGCAGGAGGCGGAGCGGCAGCGCCUGGCGGCGGCGGGGCCGAGCUGGAGAAGCGGGCGGUCGAGGCCGAGCGGGAGAGCGAGAGGCUGCGGGGGGAGAGCGCGGGGCUGGGGGCGGAGCUGCGGGAGCUGGGAGGUGGAGGAGGAGGAGGAGGUGGAGGAGCUGAGGGCCAGGGCUGACCAGGCGGUGGCGCUGCAGCCGGAGGCCGCGGCCCACAGUCAGGCCCAGGCCCAGACCGGGCGGCCCCGGAGCCUGAGCUUCGAGCUGGAGCUCUCGGAGCUGAAGGAGAAAUACGACGUUUCCAUGGCGACCACCCGCGGCCUCCAGAGCAGCAUCAGGGAGUCGGCCCAACAGCUGGAGGCCAAGGACAACAAGAUCACGGUGCUGCUGGACGACGUGGAGAGGCUGAAGCAAGCCCUGAACGGCCUGUCGCAGCUCUCGUACCCCAAGCGGCCGAGCCAGCAGCUGGAGACCCUCCAGAACCAGAUCAAAGACCUGCAGCAACAGCUGGCUGAUGCUGACAGGCAACAUCGGGACGUGGUUGCCAUCUAUCGGACACACUUGCUGAGCGCCGCACAGGGACACAUGGAUGAGGAGGUGCAGUCCGCCUUGCUGCAGAUCAUUCGGAUGCGCCAGGAGUUUGUGUGCUAGCAACCCCCGCAGGGAAGGCCAAAUACUCUCCCCGCCUCCCUCUUCCCCACCGCGACGGGCAACGGCAUGUCCAGACUUCCAUUCAUCUCAGCUGCCUAAGGAAUCACUAUUAUACAAACCUCUCUCUCUCUCGCUCCUUCCAUCCCUUACAAACUGUAUAAAGUGUCCCGUCCACUCCAAUCCCCCUGCACCAUCUGGCUGCUUGAUCUGUUCCCUGUUUAUUAAGAGCUGGCGAUCGAUCGCGGUCCAGGGGACAUCACUGGAUGAGACACUUAACGUAACACGUAUGCGCUCGUGCGCUGACGUCCAUGAGUUCAAACACACGCAAAAGCCAGUCAGAAAUGUAUCUUGCUGUUGACAGCCAGAUCCUGAGAAUCGGACCGAGGACACGGAAAUGUGGAUUCAGGAAAUCCCGGCAAACAGGAAUAUCGGCAACUGCAUGGGCAAAGGCUGCGGACUCGGUGUCCAGGGCUGUAGCUCUGGUGAGACCCGGGAAUACAACGGCAACGGUGGGAAACCAGGAGAGAUUCUAUCAAUCAACAGCCCUUCCCAAAAUCGCUUUGAAUUGCUUGAAAAUCAAGGAUGGGGAGGGGGGAAUCCUUCUGACAAUGCUGAUCCGCACUUGAACCCGUGUGGUUGGCGGGUGGGGGGGAG